AUGGCUGGUGGAGGAUUCACCAUUGAUGCACCUUCCCAUGGCUUCCAUGGGAAAAUAACACUCUCAGUUGUCAUUACUUGCAUCGUUGCUGCAUCCAGUGGACUCAUUUUCGGAUAUGAUGUCGGAAUUUCAGGAGGUGUUACAACAAUGGUGCCAUUUCUUCAAAAAUUCUUCCCGGACAUUCUAAGAAAAUCAGCUGGUACUGAAGUAAACAUGUAUUGUGUGUAUGACAGUCAAUUAUUGACAUUAUUUACGUCUUCUCUGUAUCUUGCUGGAUUAGUUUCAAUUCUCUUAGCAAGCAAAGUCACUGGAACUAUCGGUCGGAGAAACACGAUCAUAUUGGGUGGUGCCAUCUUUUUUGCUGGUGCUUCCAUCAACGGAGGUUCUGAAAAUAUUGCCAUGCUCAUCGUUGGUCGGAUUCUUCUCGGUUUCGGAGUUGGUUUCACUAAUCAAGCGACGCCUCUAUACCUUUCAGAAAUUGCUCCGGCUAAAUGGCGAGGUGCUUUCAGCACAGGCUUUCAGUUCUUUGCAGGAAUCGGCGUGGUUGCUGCCCUCUGCAUAAAUUACAUGACUGCCAAGCACGCGUGGGGAUGGCGACUCUCUCUUGGGCUAGCAGCGGUUCCUGCAGCCGUGAUGAUGAUUGGCGCGUUCCUGAUAACCGACACGCCCAGCAGCUUGGUUGAACGUGGCAAGAUAGACCAAGCUAGAAAAGCAUUGAUCAAAAUCAGAGGAUCUUCAAUUGAUAUUGAACCUGAAUUAGAAGAACUCAUUAAGUUUACAGAAAUCGCGAAAUCAGUGCAACAAGAGCCUUUUACGACCAUAUUUAAGAGACAGUAUCGCCCUCACUUGAUCAUGGCGUUCGCGAUCCCAUUGUUCCAACAGUUUACUGGGAUCAACAUUGUAGCUUUCUAUUCACCUAACCUCUUUCAAUCUGUGGGUUUGGGACAUAACGGUGCUCUACUUUCCGCUCUCAUACUUGGACUCGUCAAUCUUGCUUCUAUCUUAGUCUCUACUACUUUCGUUGAUCGGUUUGGUCGAAGAUUCUUGUUCAUUUUAGGUGGCAUUCUAAUGCUUGUUUGCCUGAUUGCAGUGUCUGCUUUACUAGCUAUGGUGACUGGUGUUCAUGGCACAAAGGAGAUAUCAAAGCAAAAUGCAAAAUUGGUAUUGGUGUUACUGUGUUUCUAUGCUGCAGGUUUUGGUUUUUCGUGGGGGCCACUUACCUGGUUAAUUCCGAGUGAAAUUUUUCCCUUGAAAAUCAGAUCAACAGGACAAAGUAUAGCAGUUGGAGUACAAUUCAUAACCUUGUCUGUGUUAUCACAGACAUUCUUAACAAUGCUAUGUCAUUUUAAGUUUGGUGCUUUCUUGUUCUAUGCAUUUUGGGUUGCAGUGAUGACUCUAUUUAUUAUAUUUUUCUUGCCUGAGACUAAAGGAAUUGCUUUGGAGUCGAUGUACAUCAUAUGGGGGAAACAUUGGUUUUGGCGGCGGUUUGUUAAAGGAGAAGUUGACAAGAACAAUCUUCCAUGA